UGAAUGUGAAUGUGAAUGUGAAUGUGAGUUAUCAUAAAAUUAAAAUUUUCUUUAAAAGAGAAAAUUCAAAGAUUGUUGUGAUAGGGAUUGGAAAAUCCAAAUUAUGAUAAUUAAGGUAGGAGUAUUUUACUUUUCAUUAGUAUUUUAACUUUCUUGUGAUGCAUAAAUGUUUCUCAACUCGAUGGCAUGAUCUGUUUUAUCAUAGUAACUAGCAUCUUUGCCAGACCCGUUGAUCGGGUUUGAUUAUUUGAUUAAACAUCAAUUUAAUUCUUGAGUUAGUUUUUAAUCUUUGAUGAUCUAAAAAGGUUAAAAACUAAUACUAAAAAUUUAAGAUAAUCGAAACCUAAAUCCUUUAUAAGCAAGCAACAUAAAUAAAAAUAACUCACUAAAAGUUGAACAAUCCGUGAGGGAUCCCAUACGGCAAGUGGUCUGGUUUUAGGAGAGGGGGGGGGGGGGGGUGGGUGGGGUAGAGCAUGGAGUAAUGUAUGGCGGUCUUACGAUGCUUGUAGAGUUAUCGACCUUACGAGAUGCUAUCCAGUGGUGCCAUCAACGUAGUUUGGAGGUCGUUACGAUUGAGGGUGAUGCGAAGAUUGUUAUUGACAAAGUCAACAUGGGUGGUGUUCAUGAUGAUGCUGGUGGGGCUUUAUUUGAGAAAAUUCGCCAUCUUAUUUUGGCUUCACCUGGGUUUAGGAUUCGAUUUGUGGGUAGACAGAAUAAUAGGGUAGCCCAUGUGAUGGCUAAGAAGGCCCCUGUCUUUGUUUCCUACGAGUUGUAAUGCUUUUGAUUUCCGUGCUUGGCUUUGGUCAGAGCCAGGUCAUAUGUAACUUUGUUUUCUUGUUUAAUGCAAGCUAUCAUUUCGUAAAAAAAAGCCACUUGUGCAAAUGAGCGGAACUACUCACAAGUGGCUCGUCGUUUGUAGUGAUGGCAAACGGGUGGAGUGGACGGGUAUCUCAAUACCCAUAUACGCUCCAAAUCAAGGACGGGAUGAGGUGAGUACUACCAGUUCAUAUACGGGGUAAGGCUGGUCGACCUUAGGUAACAAAUUCGUGAAGUGAGAAAUUAUAUAUCAUUAAUUGUUCAUAUACUAUUUAUUAUUAAAUAACAUAAUAUGAAGGAUUAAAAUUAAUAACUAAAUUAUAUUAUACCUAAAUUCUAGUUGAUCUCGCGAUCUAAUUAAUGAGUCUAGCUCAAAUAAAAGUGUAAAACUCAUUAAUGAACCAAACUCGAGUAGAACUCAAAUCAAACACUAGGCUCAAUUUAGAUAAAAACUCCGGCUCCACUCUUUCCCUUUAGCACUGUAUUCGUACUCAAAAGAAAAAACCGGUUGCUGCUGACGGUUGAGUGAAAGCAGAGUGAGCCGUAGUCGUACAACAUUCCAGAUUGAAACCACUAGGCAAUAAGUUUGUGUGUUGUCGUCGUCUUUUUCAAAGUAGAUGGACAAUUUCUACCCAGAGAAGGAAACUACAUGGAGAAGCGAGUCAGGCCACUUUCCGAUUCCCACAUACGCAGCUUCUUCGACGACGACGAUGACGACGACGAUGAAGACGUCGCUGGACUCGGCGGUUGCUACGGAGGUAGCCGCUUCGAGUUCCGUCCAAUUCCACUCCCGCAGUCGCCAGAUAACGCCCUCUCUCAUCCUCCUUUCAGAGGUUGGGAUUCUGUUGAACGCGUUGACGAUUUUGAUCUGAUUGCCGAGAUGAACCGAAGGAUGGAUGAGCACGCAGCCGCUUUGCUGCGAUCAGUAGAGAGUCUCAGCAGGCAUGUAUCUCGGAUGGAAAUCAGAACGCGGCAAUUGGAAGGUGCCUUCGAUGAUUUGAGGGAUUCCAUGGAGUUUUAUCAGGGGAAGACCGGUGGACAGCUACAGCAUCUUCAGAGUAUUCUAACGGAGGUUCAGGAUGGUGUCAAAGACUUGAGAGAUAAGCAAGACAUUGCAGUGGCACAGCUGCAUCUUGCCGAAAUUCACAAAUCGAAGGAUGUCUCUCAGUCUACAAAGAGAACCAACACCGUCCAAUCAUGCUCAGGCGAUCAACUCUCCUCAUCGAUGGCUCAGCAAUUCCACCAACCACCUUCUAAUAGCUUCACAAACACUAGACACCAGGGUUCAACUGAACUUCCAACAGCUGCAAGUCAGCCUCCUCUUUUACCUCCGGGAAACUUCCAUUCACCUGCCUCAACAUCCCCACAUUAUACAGUCCAAGCACCCUACAAUGCCUCUAUCCGACAGCAUGAAUACUUCCCACCGCUGCCCGAUUUGCCUUCAGAAACUUCAAAUCAGCUAGUCCGUUUUCCUCAAACCGAGCAACUACAGCCAUCAUUCUACGCCCAGCAGCCUCACCAAGAGCCACCUCUCACCAUGGUCAAUCCUCAAUCCAAUUAUCCGUCCACCCACCAUCCUGGACUAGCUCCUUUGUCCCCCUCGCAUGGAAGGUCAUUCCAUCGCCAACAGUCAAAUAGAGGCUCGGGUAAUGAGCUAUCUCCCUCACAUCGUCUCGGUGCCUCUCCAUUACCUAGUGGUAGACCAACUAUGAACUCUUGGCAACCCGUACAAUCAUCUUCAAUGGCAGCGCGUGAGAGCGACUUCUCAGGUUUACCAACUGCUCAGCUAUUGCCACGUGCAAUCCCGACUGCAUCCGCCAUUGAACCUUCGUCGGGGUCCUCUAGUGGGAACGUAAGCAGGGUACCUGUGGAUGACGUUGUCGACAAAGUGGUGGCGAUGGGGUUUCGGAGGGACUUGGUGAGAGCAACAGUGAAAAAGCUGACGGAGAAUGGCAAGGCAGUGGAUCUGAAUGUGGUGCUGGACAAGCUGAUGACCAGUGGAUAAAAAUGGUGGGGAGUGGGUCAAUAGCAGCACGAACGCCAUUGUUCAUGCGGUCCAGGUGAUGACAUUUGCGUACAGUUCGAUAUCUGGUUUGCGUACAGUUCAAUAUUUGGUUUGGGAAUAUUUUAGUGGUUGUGUGACAGGAGAAAUCGUUUGGUAAUAUCAUUUUGAACCCACAAUUGUUUGCUUCUUGUUGUGGGGUUGGGUUGCUCUGUAAAUCUUGUAAAGGUUAAACUUCUGGGAGUAAUCUUUCUGGGCAGAUUUGGUCAGCUUUGUGUGAGAGUGAGAUCAUGUUCAUGGGUUGGAUGUGUAGUUAGAUUUCGUGAGUUGAUUGAAGGGCAGUAUUCCACUCUUCUGAAACCCAAAAAAAAAAAAUUCUUCUUUUGCUUAUUUUUAUGAAUAUAUGUGUCUCUGUUUCUGAUGUUUAUUUUGUUACGGUUAGGCUUCUUAUAAAUUUUGUAUAUAAGUUAAAUUAUCAUAUCUUACUAUAUAUAUAUAUAUUUUUUUUUAUAUAAGGGUGAUAUAGGUUUUUUUUUGUAAUUAAGGUACUACUUAAGUGGAUUUGAAUCUGGGAUCUCCAGGUUCUAGCCUAGUGGUAUUACCACUUAACCAAGCCCUUAUUCGUCAAUAGAAUACCUGUAUUACC